UGAAGCUCUUGUCGCUGAACAAUAAAGCAUAUGGUACCAGCAAUAAAACACAGGGCUGGGAAAUUUAAGAAGAUUCCGCUGAACCAGGAAGAAUGGUGCCUUCUGUGAUGCUGACACAUAUUAUAAAAUGAUAAUCAAUUUAUUUUGGAUCCUAAUGAAUAAAGAGUACAAGGAUUAAGACUACAGCUAUUGGAACAGGUCCAUGUGACAGGGCUGCAGCGAUGAGUGGAAUUUUAAAGAGGAAGUUUGAAGAAGUCGACGGCUCCUCACCCUGCUCUUCUGCGCGGGAAUCAGAUGAUGACGUUUCCAGCAGUGAAAGUGCGGACAGCGGGGACAGUGUCAAUCCAUCCACCUCUAACCAUUUCACCCCAUCCUCCAUUCUCAAGAGGGAGAAGCGGCUGAGGACAAAGAAUGUGCAUUUCAGUUGUGUCACCGUGUACUACUUCACCAGGAGGCAGGGCUUCACGAGCGUGCCCAGUCAGGGGGGCAGCACGCUGGGCAUGUCCAGCCGCCACAACAGUGUGCGCCAGUACACCCUGGGCGAGUUCGCCAGGGAGCAGGAGCGGCUGCACCGGGAGAUGCUGAGAGAACACCUCAGGGAAGAGAAGCUGAACUCUUUAAAACUGAAGAUGACUAAGAACGGCACAGUGGAAUCAGAAGAAGCUAGCACUCUUACAGUGGAUGACAUUUCUGAUGAUGAUAUAGAUUUAGACAACACAGAAGUAGAUGAGUACUUCUUCCUACAACCCCUGCCAACAAAAAAGCGAAGAGCACUGCUGCGGGCCUCUGGAGUUAAAAAGAUCGAUGUGGAAGAGAAGCACGAGCUGCGUGCCAUCCGCCUGUCACGGGAGGACUGUGGCUGUGACUGCAGAGUGUUCUGUGAUCCAGAAACGUGUACCUGCAGCCUGGCAGGCAUUAAGUGUCAGGUGGAUCGUAUGUCUUUCCCCUGUGGCUGCACUAAAGAAGGGUGUAGUAACACAGCAGGUAGAAUUGAGUUUAAUCCUAUCCGUGUCCGGACUCACUUUUUGCACACAAUAAUGAAACUUGAACUCGAGAAAAACCGAGAGCAACAAAUCCCCACACUGAACGGCUGCCACGGGGAGAUAAGCGCACACAGUAGUUCCAUGGGCCCUGUUGCUCACUCUGUAGAAUAUUCGAUUGCAGACAAUUUCGAGAUUGAAACUGAACCCCAAGCUGCAGUGCUGCACCUGCAGUCUGCCGAAGAAUUAGAUUGCCAAGGAGAAGAGGACGAAGAGGAGGAAGAUGGGAGCAGCUUUUGCAGUGGAGUCACUGAUUCCAGCACACAGAGCUUGGCACCCAGUGAGUCAGAUGAAGAGGAGGAGGAGGAAGAGGAGGAGGAAGAGGAGGAGGAUGACGAGGAUAAAAGAGAUGGCUUUGUGGAAGGUUUGGGCACCCAUGCUGAUGUUGUGCCCCUUCCUUCAGUCCUUUGUUAUUCAGAUGGCACGGCUGUUCACGAAAGCCACACAAAAAAUGCUUCCUUUUACGCCAACUCUUCAACUCUGUACUACCAAAUAGAUAGCCACAUUCCAGGAACACCUAGCCAGAUCUCUGAGAACUACUCUGAAAGAGAUACUGUCAAGAACGGUACCCUUUCGUUGGUGCCUUACACCAUGACCCCAGAACAAUUCGUUGACUAUGCCCGACAAGCAGAAGAGGCCUACGGUGCCUCCCAUUACGCAGCUGCCAACCCCUCUGUGAUUGUUUGCUGCUCCUCUUCCGAAAACGAUAGCGGGGUGCCCUGCAAUAGUUUAUAUCCCGAACACAGGUCCAGUCAUCCUCAAGUAGAAUUUCACUCAUACUUGAAAGGCCCUUCCCAGGAAGGGUUUGUCUCCACAUUGAAUGGUGACAGUCACAUUUCAGAGCAUCCUGCUGAAAAUUCUUUGAGCCUUGCUGAAAAGAGCAGACUGCACGAAGAGUGCAUCAAAUCACCUGUGGUUGAGACUGUCCCUGUUUAGUAGGUUAACUUAUUCUGUUAUAGGAUCGCCUCUUCUACCUGAGGCACUGCAUUUAAUUGGAUUUCCUGGGCUCAUCAUUGUUUAGACUGAAGACCGAAAAAAUUUGGACUGUGAUUAAUCUUCCAGACUGUAUUUUGUUUGCUUCUUUUUAGCUACAUGACGGUGGCAUUACACAAAUACAGUCGCUAUGGGGAUUUUAAAAGAUUUCAGACUGUUUUGAUAGAAAAUGCUACAUUUUAAAAAUGCGUAUCUCACAGUUGCCUACCUGUCAAACUGUGCGAAACCUGCCAAGCUGUGCAGAUCAGAGCUCCAAGUCUUGGAUUAUCGGGCCUGUGCAAGAUUGUUACCUAAGACUGCAAAAUAAUAAGAUUUAGAGUCCUAAUUUUCGAUAUAUCUGAAGAGAAUGGUGACUUUUUAAUGUAAAAGUAAUUAUUGUAAGAAAAAGAUCUAAUUGUUUCAUGUGUAUUUUAUUUAUGGUAGCUUAGAAGUCAUGUUUUGAUGAAAAUGAACAGCAGCAUGUUCAUUCAAGCUGAAGAUGCGGAGCUAGCACCACAGAGCAUGCCCACUCGGAUCGCAUCUGGAAUCCACUCGCGUUUUUAUGAUCCUGACUGUUCAGGUUUGCAGAUACUUUCGUAAGGGUGAAAUAGGCCUAUUUUUGCUAUUUUGGACAAAUAAAUGAGUCUAUACGUGCAGGUCCUUACCCAGUUUUCUCUAGAGUUAAGAGUUAGGACAAUCCUCCGGGAGGGGCCCAGUUCACUGCCCUCCCUCAGCUGACUCCCAAGGUGGAGGUAAAAGGAAUUGCCUUUCUUUUCUAAAUAGCAUCAUCUUGGUUCUUAGCUUGGACAGCACCUUUAAACUCUACCCCCUACAUCAAAAUGCACUUUAGUGCCCCUUCAUGGUACCUCGUGUGGGGUGGGGACUGAGAACUCUUUGAGAUGAAAAAUUUUAAAAAUUAAAAAAAAAAGAUCUAAAACUAUUCUAAGGUUCAUACAUACAGUUAACAUAGAGGAAUCAUCCAGUGACACUUCUGAAGGAAAAAUGGCUUAUUUUCCUUCACCACUCUGAGGACCUAACUCGGUAAACGCAAGGAGGCUGCGGCAACAUGGAAGAGACAUUCUCAGCAAGUAGCCUUUUCUGCGGCGUGAUCGGUCCAUCUCUACAAAUAAGUGUAUAAUGCGAUUUCCAAUUAGUGACUAGCUGAUCGAAGGGGGGGCCUCUACCCAAAUACUCAACUAGGCCUUACUUUUCUGAAGCAUUUUGAUUUGUCUUGUCUGGGACAAUUGGCAGAACAGUCCAGAAUGCAUUGCAUACGCUAAUUACCUCACAUUCUCUUGUUAAAGAGAACAGAUAGAAAUAAAACCUGCACUCCCCUAACACUGUUAGAUUACCUGCACUUGGUUCACUAGAGGACUUCUAAGAACCCUUUCUUCUGUACAUUAAUUUAGCUAACAAAAGAGUGUGUUCUACUCCCCCUCCAUGCAUUAUGACUAUGCUAAAUCUGUUUCACAUCUCCGACCUUCUAUUGUUAUAUCAUUUCACACGUUUUAUGACUCUUUGAAAUGUGGACAUGCCUUGCUAUUGAGUGACUGCAUCGCUACUUAUUUUUUAUGUCUUUUAGACUUGGAUAUUUAGAAAUACGGAUAUAAAUAUAUUGUAGAUCUCAGUACCUUAAAAGUACUAUUUUAUUUGAUUAAAUUUUUUAAAAAUUUGAUUUGAAGAAAGUCCUCUGAUGGAAAAGUUUCUACUAGAACUUGAUGUGGAGAAAACAUGUUUAACUGGCAGCUCUUCCAUGGUCCGGUUAGCGGCUCUUGCCCCUUUUCUACCCCAUCUCUGGACCAAGUUUGCAACCAUUAGCAUUCACAUUGAAGAAGCUUUGGAUUUGUUAUGGUGUAGGCAACAGUAAUUAGGUCAGGAAUGUUCCAUUUUAAUGGUUAGCCAGGGCAUCAUUACUGUAACAGUUUUUAGUACUCGAUCUCCAGGGUUUUUUUUCUCCUCCCCCUCUUACCAAUACAAUAUAAAGAGCACAGGCACAAAGAGAAAAUGGCGAGAGGUAAUUGGCCCUUCACUCAAGCAUACGAAAAAAAUCGUGUGUUCCACAUUUGCUGGACCAUUACAGGCUCUGGAAGAGCCUACACAUGAAGAACUCUGAGGUUAUUCAUGGAACACAGAGUGUGGAGAUGGAGAAAGAGCCAACUCUGGAUAGGGCAGAAUUGCAAGGCAGAAUGGCAGUCCAGUUUCUGAACAGAUAGACAUUGCUAGUUCAGCUCUUUUUCCUCAAGGAGGUGACUUCUUUAUGUCUUACUAUGUCUUACUAUGUCCCCAUUUUGUUUACAAAAUGAUGCUGACAGAAACAGAGCUUCGUUGCCUCUAUCUAUCUGUCUAAUUGGGUUACAAAGUCACUGCCUUCCAAAGUAUUUGCCAUAAAACCAUAACAACAACCCCUGCUUUAAAUUUUCACAGACCUGAGUAAAUCUUCAACAUUUCCUACAAAUAGUAUACACAGGAUGCCCAUGAUAAAAGCCCUCCAGUAUAAUUGUACCUAAACCAUGCACACACACACAAGAAUUCCACACACUUGAGAAUGACGGAUUUUAGGCAAUGUCCAGUAAUGAGUACUGAGUUUUCCUACCCUAAAAUUUGGUCUGGUUUUAUGAUCUAAAAAUACAGUCUAGAAAAGAGGAUAGUUUUUAAGACUGCACUUUGAAAAUAUUGGGUUCGCGCUGCAAAUAAUACUAGUAAUGGAAUCAUUUUGCUGUUACUUCCUUCCCCAGAACAGCUGAGAGAGCACAGUGUUCUAUCUGAAAUUUCCCAUUAAUAGCCUUCCAUUCAAUAGAAAUUGCCCACAUACCAGGAAAGUGCUACAGUUAUUUUAAGCUUGUAAAAGGAAGAAUCAAGUUAGAUGCAGCUUGUUGCGAUACUUAUGAUUUUUGUGCCAAGACACAAUAACCUGGCCUGCGGCUGUUUAUCGACCCCAUCAUAUAUCUAACCAAAUCAGUCCUUUGUGACACACGGCUUUAUAUUCAUUCAUUGUCAAUCGCAGAGCUUCCUGCUCCAGACCCUGUUGUUUUAGCACCAGCCCUAUACCUUUAAAUGGGGGUUAAUUCCUAGUUAUUAUCCUGGCCAAAUUGAUUUGCAAGUCAAGUGAAAGGAGCAGUUUGCAUCCCUUUUGUCACUCUUGAUCUUCUUUGGGGGAAAGAAAUAAAAAAAAGAAUUUUACUUGAGUUUUUCUGCUCAUCUUUUGAACAUCAAUUUCUAAAUGAUGGAUAAAAUCUAUUUAUUGCAUGUCUUUUUGUUGAUGGAAAAAUAUACGUAGUUACUUUUUAAAGGCCUGCCUUUUCUUUUCUUUUCUUUUUUUUGGUACUGGGAAUCGAACUCAGGACCAUUCGCUUGCCAGGCAGGCGCUUAUGCCACUGAGCCAUAUCACCGGCCAAGCUUGUCUUUUCUUUGUGAUGAAAUUUCAUAUUUCCCUGGGGGAUCAGUGACAAAUAAAAUGUGAAAUUAAUAUUUUUUCAUACGAUAAGAUUUUCUCUAUCUUAUAUGCCAUACAAUAUCCAUCCCAAUAUGCCCCUCAAGAAAUCCGAGUUGUAGAAACAGAUUAAUCAAGAAGCAAACAAAUUAUCUUAAGUGAUUGCUUUCUUUAAAAUUUUACACUCUGACAAAUGACUUCUGGGCAAAAAUCUUUAAAUUUUCAUUAAGCAGAAAAAUACUUCAUAAUUAAUACACUAAUAAUUGUUAUAUUACUGGCUUUUUAAUGUUGAUAUUGCUAUUCAAGUUUAUGAUCCUUUGGUCUCCAUAUUCAGAAUUUAUUAAUGACGCAUUUUUUUCAACAAAUAUUUAUUAAACAACUACUGUGUUAGAGCAACUAUUCUGGGUAAGAAAAAAUAGUAAAGAGAAACUACAAAUUCUAAAGAAUCAUGAUAAUAAAGGGUGGCAUGAAAUAAGCCUAUUCAAAUCUUUUUAAUGUUUGAUUUUAUGAUAUAAAAUUAGAAACUUGACAAAAAUUCUUGUCCAAUUAUAUGUGGACUGCAACUGCUGCUUUUUCCUAAAUGAAUGAAUGAGCCUCACUGGAUCCUCCUCUUUUCUCCUCUCACCUGAAAUUUAUGAAUUAAAUCUGGACUCAGCUAGGAGUGAGUCAAGUAAACAAGGGAUUUUCAGCUAAUUGCUACUUAAGUGUGAAUCCACGUAAAAGAGGCUACAUCGACACCAGCAAACUCCCAUCCGAUAGUUUCAAAGGGUGGUUGAUUUAAGCAUAAUCCAAGAAAGAUGCCAGGAAACUUCUGAAACAAAAAUAUAAAAAACAGUCACUUGUACUUAUGUGUAUAAACAGGCUAUCAAAAUAGCAAAACCCUAUUCCAUCUUCCAUAGGCAUCACCUGAAAGUGGAGAGCAAACCAAAGAGGUCCCUGGUUCUCCCUCACUUUGACCUUGGAAUUAUGCAUCAUCCAAUUACUAGUGGAAGACUGAGCUCCUCAACAGGAAACUACCUUUUCAAAAGAUACCACAAACUCCUUUUUCUAUAAAAAUAUAACUUAAUAAAAAAAAUUAAAGUCGAACCUUAGUUUCUCCCAACAGCUUACAUUGUCCUUAGAGUCAGUAUGUGAAAUACCCAGAUUAAUUGGAAAACAUCUUUCUGCUCAAAGGCAAGACUUGACUCUAACUUUAAAUCAGAGCUUUCUGUUGUAUCCAUCCCAAAAGUUUAAAGCCUUGGACAUUCUUAGUUCUAGUACACAUGUAUAACUCUGACUGCAUCCUUUUUCUGAGAUCUGCUAACUUGCGCUGAAAUGAUAUAAAUCCCUAAGCCAAAUGGCACAGCUCUGCACCAACAGCACAGCUCAUCAGAUGUUUUUUGUAGCAUUAAAGAAUUUAAUUGACUUAAUUGACUGAAUACCAGCAAUCUGAAAACUCACUAGAAUUACAAAACUGUCAAGAUGGGUGUGGGGAUGGAACACAUUUCAUAAGUGGUGGUAUCUCCUAGGAGGUAAAAAAAAUUUCAGCAUAGUGGGCAAUGUCUUACAACACUAGAAAGCUCAGCGAGCAGGCAGUCAAAAGCCUAGAAGGGGUGGGCCAGACAUCCUCAGCCCAGCCAGUGCUUAUGUCAGCGGACCAGCACCCACGUCAACUGCAUUUUACAAUCUACAGGUCACUUGAUCCUUUAGAAAAUAAAAACACAGAAGUACACCAUUAUAAAGAAACUUUUAGAAAGAAACUCAAGCACAUUUUAUAUUAAAAUGACUAAUAAAUGACUUGCAUUAUUGUCAAAAAUAAGGAAUCAAGAAAUAAAAGAGCUUUCAAUAUUUUAUCAGUCAGAACUAUAUGCUCAAGGUGACUCGAAAGCAGUCACUUCUAAUUUUUACUUUGACUCUUCUCAUGGCUUUUUAAGAGAGACCGUAAGUCCAACUUCCUAAGCAAUACAGUUGUUUUAUUAUUUUCUCUCUCUCUCUCUUUCUGUCUUUUUCUCUCUUUCUUUUUUAUCAAAAUUCAAAGCCAAAAGCUGCGAGUUGCAGGGGUUUUCCUGAUGCUGGUUCUGAGCUAAUCUAGCCAUUACUAGCUGGCCUGUCUCGGGUGUCUGAGAGUUCCGGCUUGGAUAGUGUGAAGGGAAAGAAGGGAGUACCCACAACCAGAUUCAAAGUCUAAGCCAACACCCCUUUAAAGUUCAUUGUUUGUAUUUAUGCUAUUCUACUCUUUUACUUUGACUCUUCUCAUGGCUUUUUAAGAGAGACCGUAAGUCCAACUUCCUAGAAGUUAGAGCCUAGAAUUUUAGUUAAUCUACAUAUGUGUUAUAUCCAGAAGAACUGACAUAAUUUCAAAGAUAUAAAUCAUGUUAGUAGCUACUUUCACUUGUAAUAGAUACAUCACAAUAUAGGGUGAUUGCUGUCUGUUUGAUUCCCUACACGAGGUUAUAAUUCAAGAAAAGUAAUGCUACUGUGUCACUUUGUUCUUGUCUUAAUGAAAAUAUUCUGGGAGGACUAAAGUUGCAAAGGGAUAGAGAUAGAGUUUAUUUUAAAUAAUAUUCAACACACUAAUAAUGUAAUUCCUCUUUAUAAUACUCAUUGCCAUGUUAAUAGUAAAGUUAUUUCAAUAAUUUUCACUUUAAUGAUAUAUAUAAGGCCAUUUAAAUAUUUCUUAAGAUAAUGUAUGCUGAUUAGAGUUAGGAUGAUGCAAAAUUAUGGUAGAAAUUAGCCUUGCUUUUUGUCUAAAAUAAUUUACAUAAUUAGUUGUUCCUUUGAAACAGCAUGAUAGUUGGAUGUUAUUUGCCUUUUUCUUUUAAUUUUUUCCCCAAUAUUUUUUAUCUGGUUUGAGAUUAUCUUAAAAUUUAUUUCUCAUGAGUAUUUGGAGGCAAAUCACCUUUGAAAAUGUCUCUUUAAAAAUUAUGUAGCAAUUUUUCUCUUCAGAGAUCUGUAGGACAUAUUACUGUCCCACUAGACCAGCCACCCUUUUCUUCUACUCCUCCUAAUAUUGUUUUGUUAUCUCUACAUAGAAAAAUAUAAAAAAGGAAGUUUGAAAAUUGUACCUUAUUGGUACAACAUUUUACCCAAUUUUGUUUCGCUCCUCCCUUUAUGUUGACCAUGAAGUUUAUUCCACAGCCUUAGCUCACCAGACUUUCAAACAAAUGUACAGAUCUAUAUACAUUGUGCAAAUUUAUGUAAAUAUGAAAGAAAAGGAAAGAAUAAAAUUCAAAUCUGAAUUCUCCUAAAGAAGAAAACCUAAAUCACUAAAUCCAUGAGAUAAUUUGCUGGGGUUUUUUUUUUUUUUUGUAAAUUAGUGUUAAUCCUUGAGUGAUUUAAUGGUUACCAAAUGAUAUCUGAAUUUUACACUUUUUAAAAUUUAAUAAUUGGGAAACUCAUUCUGUUUGUGCUAAAAUCAAGCAAGGUUUCUUGCCAAAGGUUACUGUCAGAACCUUAAUUUAUUAGGUACUAGUCAUGCCAAAUGGAUAGCUCAGAAUGAUUUAAUCUUUUUGAAAAUACAAUGGCCAACUGUAUGUGAAUAAUAGAAAGUUUCAGAUUCUUCUGUAUUCUUCAGUUUUUAUAAUCCUGACACUAGGAGAGCUCUCCAGAGGUCAUGUGGCUCAUCCACCUACCCCCAGGGAGGACUAGCAUUCAAGCAUGCCCAAUAGGAUAGAUACCCAUCUAUUCUUACCAUCUCUAGGGAAGGUGGUUUCCUUGGCAACACAAUCCAACUCUUUUAGGUUUUCUUACAAUAAGAAAAUAUCUUGGCCCGUCUUUGUGGCCUAGGCACCUGGCAACAGUUGUGGUUAUUUGGAUCAUUAUCCUGGGGCACUCCAGAGAAGUUAGCUUUUUCCUUACAUCUGAUGCGUAUUACAUAGGACUAUGAAUUUCCUAGCAAGUCAAAGUUUUAAGGAAAGAUAUACCUACUCAAACAAUUCUCAGUUAAUGUUACCUGCUUUUGGCAAAUGGGGGUAUAGAUAGCUUUUACUCGUGUAUGUUUAUUUCUGUUGCUGUUAGACCAGGAAUUAGGAUCAAGAAAAGUGACUUUUUCAAAUCCCCAGUGACAAACAUCAGAACUAGAAUCAAGGGAUGCAACUUCUGAAGUGUUCGACUUUCUGAAAAGUUACAAAUACGAAAAAAGUAAUCGUGCACCGUGUUCUUCUUUAGCACCUUCUCGUUAAAUCUCUCUUUAGCCUAAAAUGACAAGUAAGAAUCUAAAAGUUUUUCCACUCCUUCUGGAGAAGAUGUGACGGUGACGAAUAUGAUCUGGAACAUAAUGAUUCCAGAGACUCACUCAACCACAUUUGAUCCCAGCCUUUGUCCUCAUGCUCUUUCAACAAUGGCUGCUUACUGUCUCAGGGAUCAGGAGAAUGAUUGUUCAGAUUAUCACCUUGACAAGGCCUGAAAACGAAAGGAGGAGUCCUUGGAGGACAGUGAUUUUGUUUUCUGACUACAUCACUUGACCCAAGCACUCCCUGCUUUCAGAGCCUUUUUCUGUUUGCUCAGAGUUGACUCCAACUCAGAGGCAAAGCUGACCGGAUGAGGAAUAUGGGGGAUAUUGAUUUGGGGGAAUCAACGUUCCCUUUCUCCAUGGGAUUUAUUUCAAUCUAGGUACAGCUGCUUAUCUCCCCAACUCGGAUGCUCUUGUGAAAUGACAGCCGCCUUGCGGUGGUUGCUUCCCACAGCUAACACUCUGGGGAAAUGACCCUUUCUGUUUUUUAAAAAAAAAAAAACUGUAAAAUGCUCAUGUAAAGAAUGGUGAAUAAAAUUUGGCCCAUGUUUUAAUUGACUCUAGCCACCAUUAUGAAAAUAAGUCUGAGGUGUAGUUUGUGAAACAUGUUUCAAAAGUGUUUGAUGUAUAAUAAAUGCUAGACAUUUACAGUACAGAAAUAGUAAAAACAAAAAAUUAAACCUGUAGAUUACGGCUCUGUUCCUAAGAACCUCAGCCUUUAUUGUGUCUUAGUAAAGUUAGUUGAUCUGCUUUCUUUUUAGUUUAUCGCAUUUCUGGUGUAAUAGCCUCUUAAGAUAGAACUAUUAAUACAUAUGUACUGGUUAAUGCCUGUUAAUGCAGAAAAUGGCACUUUGUUACUUCAGUGUGUUUCCUUCAAUGUCACAGGGUAUAUCAAUUUGACAGGACAGGUCAUUUGACAUUGGUCAAAAAUACAUUUUUGCCAUAUAAUAUGUAUGUAUAAUUGGUUGCAUAGGUAAAAUGUCACCUUUUGCAAUAUCUUCAUCUUCAUUAUAGUCUUAGACAUCAACUAUGUCUCCACUCUCCAGCUGCCAUAGGAAUUUGGUAGGUUUGCAAAUUCUGGUGAAAUCUAGUGAGCUGAAUGUAUUGGUAGAUCAAAUGAUCCAAAGGACUUGGAUGUUAUUCUUCUGUCUGUGUUGAACAUUCAGACAUUAGAAAUGGUCUUUAUACAAGGGAAGUCUUUUUGGAGUAUAUGUAUUUUAUUUUAUAUUGUGUUUGUUUGAUGCUGUAAAAAAAAAAUGUAACUUGGAAAACUCAGAAAACCACUGCACUGUAAAGUAUAUUUUGGCAUAAUGGUUGGUUUUAUCCUUCAAUUAAUUUUUUUAUUAUUACUUUUGCUUAAUAGAUAUUUAAUUACUAUUAUGUUUAAUGAUGUACAAAGGGAGGAAAAUCAAACUAUAGUCCAUAUGUAGUCAUUUUAUGCUGUUAUCAUGUUGCGUGUCACAGUUUCAUGACUGAUUUCUCUUGUGUAUAAAUUAAAAUGUCAAGGAUGCCAAAGGGUAUAUAAAAUAAGCUACAAUAAUAUUCAACAGAACUUAACCUGGACCUUAGGUUGUAAUAAUUUAUUCAUAUUAGCUGUAGUUGUCUAUAUUUAUAUUUUCAGUAUUUAUUAUGAAUGACAUGGAAAUUCGUGUAUUUAUUGUGGCUUUUUAUUGCAGUGUGUGUGUGUAUAUAUAUAUAUUACAAAUAAGCAUUUUUAAGUCUUAUCCUUACAUUUCUUUUACUAGUGGCACUUGUAUUACGCUGUACUUUUUAUUAUAUAUUGUACAAUAUCUUGUCCAAUUGUUUGCAGCAGAGUAAAACUGGUUUCUAAGUUAUAUUUACUGUUGAAUUUGUGUUGCAUUGUGUGUGAAACCUUUGUCCUUACGAUUUGAACUACAAUCCCUUCUGCUGUCUGUCACAGCACACAGAAGAAUACCUCCUCUCUCUGUAGCAGAUAACAUUCUUGAGAAGUUGCCUGUGAAGCCAGUUUCUGCUGAGAUGGCUCAUUACAUUAUCAUUUCAAAGAUGUGUUAAUUUUAUUAUGAUUGAUCCCUAAGUGGAUAUUCUUACAACACUUUUCUUUCUCAGCUUUUCUACCCAUUCAUCAAGUAAUGAUGUGUAAACAAACCUGAGGGCCAAAGGGGAACUCGCUAUGUAAAUGAAAUUUCAGAGGAUAUUUUUACAAAGACAAAUCCAUUCUCUGUAAGUAGUAUCCUUGAAAUCUGCAACUUAGUAGUAUGUUUUGCUUUGCUUACAUCGGAAUCUGUGUGAUUUGAUGUUUAGAAUAUAUAUGUACAUGGAAAUCUUUAUGUACGCUUAUGUGCUUAAAGAUGUUGGUUAAAAAUAACAAAAACUUACUUUCAUUAGAAGUAGAAUGAAGAGAAAAAAACUGCAUUCAUCUUAAUCUUCUAUUGUAUAUAGGUCUUUGACCUCAAUAACUUGUUUUCUUACAUCUAGAGAUUGGAUCUAUAUUUUCUAAAUGAAAUAAUAAUAAUAAGUGAUUGUGUAAUCAUCCUAAAGCUCAAAUUUGCUGUGUUACUUACUCACUUAAAGUCCUCUGCUAUGUUUUUUUCUCACUGCCAACAAAAUAAAAUCCAAACUCUUUGUAA